AUGACGGUGACCGUGUUGAUGGUGGCCGAGAAGCCCAUGUUGGCCGAUUCUAUCGCUAAAUUAUUAUCCGACAACAGUGCAACCAAGAGAAAAGGUGAUUUAUCAGUUUUUCUGGCGUUUUUUCUGAGUUUUUCUUAUUUUUUUUUUCAAAGAACAGUAUGAUUUCAUUAGAAAAACGUUCAGUUCUUCAAAAAAUCAUUUUUGUAAUUUCAAGGUUGGAACAACGUUUGCUCGAUCAGUGAGUACAUGGGCAAGUUCAAUGGCCAAAAUGCUAGAUUUAAGGUAAUUUUCUACACAGAAAAUUCGAAAAAAAAACCAAAAUUUUAGGUCACAAGCACUUGUGGACACGUGAUGGGCGUCGAUUUCCCGAUGAAAUAUAAUAAUUGGGAAAGAACUGACCCCGCGGAACUAUAUUCAGCACCAACGCAGAAAAAUGAAGCCAAUCCGAAGAUGAAAAUGAACGAAGUAAAAAUUUGAUUCAAAAAAAAUUGAAUAAGAAAAAUAUGUGAUUACAGUUUCUCGCCUCGGAAGCCAAAGGUGCCGAUUACCUCGUUUUGUGGCUGGAUUGUGAUAAGGAGGGCGAGAAUAUCUGUUUUGAGGUUGGUAUUGAAAUAAAAAAAUGAAAAAAACAACAGAAAAAAACAAAAAAAUUUGAAAUUUUUAGAUUACGGUAGGUUUUGUGUUUGCACCAACCGUUGCGAACUAUACGCAGAUUUCACGACGAAUUUCUAAAAUCGUUUUUUACUACACUUUUUGGGGUUUUUUUUUUGGUUUCUUUUUUUGUUUUUUUGAAUAUGAAAUUUUUUUGUUCAACAAAAUUUCUAUUUGAAAUAUCAAAAAAAUCAUGUAAUUUUAAGGUUAUCGAAGCCGUUCAAAAAUGCCAUGCAAAGAGGACAAAAAAACUUCAUGGACAAUGUUUAUAGGUAAACUCCUUUUUUUUUCAUUUUUAAAAAUAAAUUUUCAGAGCUCAUUUCUCAGCUAUCACAGAAAAGGAUUUGAAAGCGGCGAUGAAAAAUUUGGGACGUCCCGAUUUGAACAUGUCUUUGUCGGUAAAUAUUUUCUCACUAAAAUAUGAAUUUUUAUGGAAAUUUUAAAGGUCGACGCCCGGCAAGAGCUCGAUUUGCGUGUCGGAUGCUCUUUCACACGAUUUCAGACCAAGUUUUUCCAGGUAUAUUUAAAUUUUUCAAUCAAAAUGAUUAUUUUUUUGUAGGGGAAGUACGGUGACCUGGACAGUACAGUAAUCUCCUAUGGGCCUUGUCAAACGCCGACUCUUGGAUUUUGUGUCACGAGACAUGAUCAAAUUGUGCAAUUCAAGGUUUUAAAGAAGGAUUUUUUCUGAAAAAAUCCAAUGAAAAAUGAUAAAAUUUUGGCCAAAAUUAAAUUUUUUUUUUGUCGUGAUUUUCCCCAUACAAUGAGAUUUUUAGCGCGAAAUUCGGUAAUGAAAUUUGAAAUCGCCGGAAUUUUUAUACGGAAAAGUAUUACUGUAGGCCCUUUUGGUGUGUGCACUAUGCUCUGCGGCCAGUACGCAUUUUACGACAGUUUUAUCAAGAUCUCCAAAAAUCAUGGUUUUUUAGCUGUUUUUCAUAGGGCAUGUUCUAAAACACGAGCGGUUGUGGGGCACGAGCGGCACGACCGUUACUAAAUCACGAGCGGUUUCAUCUUCGCUCCUUCGCGAACGCUUCUAAAUCACGAGCGUUUUUGGCUUAUCGUUCUGUUCGAGCGUUUCAUUUUAAUCAUUUUCUUUAUUACCAUCCAAGUGUGUUUUUUUCAUAUUUCUACCUUCUUUUUCUCCUUGAAUAAAAAUUUUGACGAUCUUAUAUGCACAUUUUUUCGCUCAAUUUGUUGAUUGAUUCACAUUUGAGGUUCAUAUAAUGGAUUUUUUUCUAAGUUUUUUUUGCGGUCUCUAUAAUUUCACAGAUUCUGCGUAUGGCAAAUUUUUUUCUAAUAAUUUCAUCUGAUUUUUCAUAUUCAAUAUUUCACAGAUUUUUGCGUAUGAUAAACUAAUAUUUCACAGAUGUCUCGCAUGAAAGUCAAUAUUCUAGCGGGUAAGAGGAGAAUAAAAAUAUGAAUGGCAUCAAUUCGAAUAUGAGAUUCUAUUACCAGAAAAAAAUUUUUGAGAGAAAGUAUUAGAAAAAAUUUUGCUAUACUCAAAAUUUGAGAAAUAUUGACUUUCAUGCGAGACGUCUGUGAAAUAUUAGUUUAUCAUACGCAAAAAGCUGUGAAAUAUUGAAUAUGAAAAAUCAGAUGAAAUUAUUAGAAAAAAUUUUGCCAUACGCAGAAUCUGUGAAAUUAUAGAGACCGCAAAAAAACUUAGAAAAAAAUCCAUUAUAUGAACCUCAAAUGUGAAUCAAUCAACAAAUUGAGCGAAAAAAAUGUGCAUAUAAGAUCGUCAAAAUUUUUUUAUUCAAGGAGAAAAAAAGAAGGUAGAAAUAUGAAAAAAAAACACACUUGGAUGGUAAUAAGGAAAAUGAUUAAAAUGAAACGCUCGAACAGAACGAUACGCCAAAAACGCUCGUGAUUUAGAAGCGUUCGCGAAGGAGCGAAGAUGAAACCGCUCGUGAUUUAGUAACGGUCGUGCCGCUCGUGCCCCACAACCGCUCGUGUUUUAGAACAUGCCUUUUCAUAGCAAUUUCCCUUUUUUUUUUUUUCAAUUUUUAAAGAUUCCUUGAAGUUUAUUUUUAUAUUUUUUUUUCAGCCGGAACCGUACUGGGUCCUGAAAUCGACAUGGAACUCUCCAAAUGGCGAGCAAAUUACCCCAGAAUGGUCUCGAGGCCGGAUUUUCGACCGAGACGUCGCGCAGUUCUUUCUGGAUCGGAUUAAAGUUUAAAAAUAUUUUUUCAGAGUGUGUUCAUUCAGAUGAUAUGUUCAGAAGACGAAAAAUGGCGUCGUGACGGAUGUUUCCAAGAAAGAGGGCAGGAAGGAGAAGCCGUGCGCCUUGAACACAGUCGAAUUGAUGAGGGUGGCUAGUAGUUCACUAGGUUGGAGUUUGUAAAGAGAAAAGAGUCAGAAAUUGUUUAUUUUUGAUUUUUCAAUUAUUUUUAUUCAAAUAGAAGUGAAUAAUAUGAUUAGGAGUUGUUUUCAGGAAGUAUUUUUUUAACAAAUUGCUAUGUCAAAAAUACUUGGACUAUAGCGUUUUUUUCUUUUCAAUUUGAAGAAAUUGAACUUUUGUAGGCCUGAGCCCAGCCACCACGAUGUCAAUAGCCGAACAUCUCUACACCCAAGGCUUUAUCUCUUAUCCAAGAACUGAAACGACCGCCUAUCCCCCCAGUUUUGACCUUAUUGGACCUUUAAAACUACAAACUUCUGACCGGAAAUGGGGCGAAAUUGCUAGUCAGGUUAGGAUAAAGCUUAAAAUAAGUUGGAAAUUUGAAAAUGUUCAUUUUAGGUACUCGCCGACGGGAUCAAGAAGCCGAAAAGCGGGGUCGACAAAGGCGACCAUCCGCCAAUCACCCCGAUGAGAGCUUCCAAUGGACAGCUUUCUGGGGGUUUAUUAAUGAUUUUUUUCAGGAAAAAGUUGGAUUUUCAUUAGAACAGUUGACUUAGGAACAAUCAAUAGAAACAUAAAUAAAAUAUUUAAAAAAAUUUUUUUUUCUCUAGAACAAAUUGAGUUAAAAGUCGACUAAUAUCCCGAAAAAUUCCUAAGAAUUUAGAGGAAAUAUUGCCUUUUUUACACUAAUAAUUGUUCUAGACAUGCUCAAAGUAUACUGAAAACUUAAUUUAAAAAAAAAUUUUUUGAUUCACGAGCUUCAAGUUGACCGCUUUCCAGGGAAUUAUUAUUGUGUUGUGCCCGCAGGUGGCCAGUGAAGACGUUGUAGUAGAAGAUUUAUUAGUAACACGAAACUAGACUAUGCUAGCCCCCUUACAAUAACAAACAAGGGGUUAUAUAGUGCUGAGGGAAGAGAUCCCGAAGAUUAUGGAAUGUUCCAGAAUAAAGGUGGAGUUUAUAUAGUAUUGAGAUUAGAGUAAAAAGAUGGAACAUUCCAGAGUUUUUAGAGAUCUGUCCCGGCAGCAUUAGAACAUUCGAGAACAAUGUGGAACCUUCUAGAAAGGUAGAGAACAAAUGA